AUGGAUCAAAAAACGGUGGCCAAUCCGUCGUACGCCGUUCAUGGCGACAAUACUGGAUCGCAUCGAGUGGACGUGGACGGCCGCGCUUCGGUAGUGUCACCCAUCUCGUCAUCUUCCAAUUCGUCGGCCGUCGCAAUAAGCCGUUGCUCGGCAUCUCCCGAUCAUGAAGCUACGCACCCGCCCAUCUCCUGUUCGAGCUCCCUCGUUGAUCCUGCAUCUCCGCCUCCGUCUCCGUCUUCGUCAGCAACACACAUGGUCACGUCUUGGUCAUUCCAGCAACGAUGUCAGGUCCGGGGAUCCGGCCUAACACCGCGGAAAAGGUCGCAUGACCACUUGGUCGAACCCAGGAGCUGGGCGUGUGAGAGCCACGUAAAGUCACGUGCCGUAUGGGCGGCGACAAUGGCGCUUUUGCGACCUUCAAAGCACCGUUCAAGGCGAUGCGGAACUGUGCCAACGGCGGUCACGCACAAGCAACGUCUCCACCGGCCAGCGUCUGCAUCCUCCAAGCCAAGAGAAGGCAGCCGCGAGACGAUUGUCUCGGUCUCGCAGCGGCGAACGCCGUCAGGGGCUCCGUGCAAUUGUCAGGACCGGGAAACAUCGAGUAUUGCUUCAAAACGCAUCAGGACCGGUCUGCUGAGCUUUGGAGCUAUCCAGUCGAUCAGCUCAAGCGCUCCGUUUUCCGCCGAGGCCCGAGGCACGGAAAAGCACGGGACCCCGAACGGACGCGAAGCCCGAUGGUCGGACCAUCGACGUCUGGACUGGAGACUUCCGCUCUCCUAUUCCGGUUCGUUCGCGCGUGCGCUAAACAAGGCGUCUUCGGAUAAGACUGUCGCGAGCGCACCCAAAGCGACACGCAGCACUGGAUUGGCCGCGACCGUCCCUUCAACCCAACCGCACGGGGCUCCAGGUCCGGAUCGCCCCUAUCGACGCCUGGAUUCUGCUACCGCGACUCGAUCGUGCCGCCCGUACGCUUGUCUUCCUUCCAGGCCCCGUUCUUCCUCUGCUCCUCCGAUAAUUUCUGGCCCCUGCUUCCCCACCGUACAUUCCCAGUCGGGAACUAUGGCUCUCGAUGCUUCCCAUUCGCAUCCGUCCUCCUCUGCGUCGCCAUGUGAAGCGAGCUCGACGUCGACAUCCCUCAAUCAGGUUGCCGGCUCCCCCGCUCCAACGCCCGAGAACGGAGAAAUCGCAGGCGCGCAUCGCUUGCAUGGGAAGGGAUCGGCUCACGGCCGUUCCGUUGGUGCGCAGACCGACACAAGCCCGUCGAUCCCCACGGCGACCGCAUCCUUCUUGCUGCCUCCCAUCACAAUGGCUACUCUUAAGGAGCUCGACCUGCACGAUAUUCUUCAAAGCGCACAGCUACGUCAUGACAUCGUAUUUGACUCCAAUCUGAUGUUCCGACCGAACUAUGACGGCGAAAGGUGCGUGCAAGGCUCGCCUGUUCGCUCCGCGACGUCGGUCGCGACUAGCACGUGCGCAAAACCCGCACUGACCAUCUUCUGCCCGCCGUCGUCCGCGUUUUUCGCUUGUACAGGGGCGAGCGGAAGAAACGGGCCGCUGAUCGAUAUUGGUACGCCGUCUCUCGCGAGUUGGUGGUGGGAUGCCGCUGCACCGCCUUCGUUGGCUCCGACCGACUUGCCUGCGUUUGUCAAAGCCCAAGGAGUGACGCCACCGAGAACUCGGCCUUGUGGCCUUCCCGCAUCCCGAACCUGAUUACGGAGCUACGGAACAUAGUUGUCUCUCUCCUUCCAGUGAAACCUAGCGAACACUCUCAGGAAGAGGUGAUGGAAAUGCUCGACCCCGCCUUCAUCUGCCAGCAACUCACGCGCGGGCUCUUGGACGUCGGCAAGCUUGCCGAUUAUUUCGGAAUGACGCUUAAAAUGCACUGCGCGCCUAUGCGCGAUCACAUGAUCGACAACAUGACUCGCAUUUGCAAAGGGGACGACGCCAGUGUGGCUCUGGGUAUUCGCCACUGCUUCGAGAUUCUAGAGUUGAUGAAGCUCGUGAGUUUCACAUCUGACUGGCCGUGCGCAGCCUCCUUAUGGUAGUGUGCUGACUGCCUCGUGGACUGCGAUUACAUAGGAUAUUGCGAAUCAUCAGUUGCGAUCGUUGCGACCUUAUCUGGUUCGAACGGCGGUCGAGUUUGAGCGCAAUCAUCAACAAAUCAGGCUCUCGUUCGAAGAAUCCGAGCAAGUCCGUCAAUGGUUAAUCAAUGCAUCUCCCGGGGACGGCUCGGCCAUCCGAGAUCGCGUUUCUUGUUCAGUUCUGCAAGGCGUCCUGGGCCUUGCGUUCUCGUCCGUCGCCCCGUCUCCACAACAGCCGACUCUCCCAUUCACUUUCCAGCUCGACGCUAUAAGGCUCAAAUUGCAUCGCAAUGAGGCGACGGAUUUGACUGUCCUCUACAUGCUCAUGAUGCUCUUCCAAGAGCUUGUACCUUCGUCGCGUUCGUGCGUGAAGGAGCUCUUGGAACUCCGACAAUGCAUUGCCGGCGUCAUCUCAACUGCCAACGCCGCAAUCUCGCAAAACGCGCCAAUUGUAACGACCGCGUCGACGGAAUCGCGCGUCAAAGCAGCCACGAUGCAAGGGACCGCGAAGUUCGAUUGUGACGAGUGGCGACAUGAGCUCAGACAUGUCGAGCGAAUCAUGGCCGGCUUUGCCACCAAGCUAGCGGCAACAGCCGUAAGAUCCGCGCCAGCGAUCAGCUCGAAUACGGUACACGACAUUCCUACUCUGGUGGAGAGCUACAUCGAGACGCAUGUUCGCUCUCACUCCAAGGUAUUUAUUCUCCUGAGAUCUCGACUUCAAGCGGCCGUUACGGCCGUCGUCCAAGAUGAGCUCGCGCAUGAGACACAGAUGAAAGGAGCUCCAUGGUGGAUGCGUCCGACCGUGAGUCCGCCCGCCAGCCAGAACUCAAUCACGCUCGACCCUCAACGAAGUCGGCGCACGGGAUGCACGGGUGAAAGAAAUAUCGACAUCGUGCCUGCAGAAGCAAACAUGAAGGCGAAGGCUGUGUCAGCGACUGGACGAGGCACCAAACGCGCGUCACUCGAUGAGCAAGAGUGCCGAGAGAAACGGGCUCGCUACGCCGCUCCUAAUACCGACAAGAUCGACCUUCCUCUUCACUCUCCUGACCUGAACACGGUUCUUCUUCGCAACGGCCUCACCCCUCUCGCCGACCAAAUCAAGAGUCUCGGUGAACGCCUCGCCAAAUUAACGAGCUUUCACCUGGCCGUCAACUCCGACUUUUACCAAGCCCUGUUGAAGGUGUGA